AUGGGGGCAACGAUGAAGACAUUGAAAACACAAGUGGGUCAGUUGGCCAAUACUAUGAAGAAUCAAUUGUCUAGAUCUUUUCCUAGUGACACAGAGAAGAAUCUGAAAGAGUGUAAUGCCAUUACUUUAAGGAGUGAAAAAGAAUUGGAAGCUCAUAUUGUUGAAAAGAAAAAGAUUGAGGAAAUCUCAAAGAAAUGUGAGAAUGAAGAAAUCAAGCCGAAGGAAGAGAUUCCGAAGAAAGAGUCGUUGGUGGUUAGGCCGGGUUCUAUUAAUUUUCUGGAUAAUCCACCUAAGAUUACUACUCCAUUUCCAUUCCCUCUACGAUUUCAUAAGAAAGGGAUUGGUGAGAAAUUUGAGAAGUUCUUGAAUAUUUUCAAGAAAUUUCUUAUCAACAUUCCUUUUGUGGAUGCUCUUGAACAAAUGUCGAACUAUGCUAAGUUUAUGAAGGAGGUGAUAUCUAAGAAGUGUAAGUUAGAUGAUUAUGAGACAGUGAAGCUAAUAGAAGAAUGUAGUGUCAUUAUCAAAAGACAAUUACCGAAAAAGUUGAAGGAUCCGAAAUUUUUUACAAUUCCAUGUGUGAUAGGUGAGCUAUAUAUUGAGAAGGCCUUGUGUGAUUUGGGUGCUAGUAUCAAUCUAAUGCCUCUCUCUAUCUUUUGA